GGUGUCUUCUCAUCCAAUCACUUGCUACACAUAAUCUGACGUCAUCACGCGUCUUGCCCAGUGGUUUGCUAACGUUUCCUGGAAGCUCCACUUCAGAUGAGCGACCCGCCAAGUGACAACCUGGUCAUCAGCGGCGGCGGUGGGUCGUAGUCCCAGGAAAGCAAGACCGGCGGGCUUCUUUUUCAAUCCCCCAACCAAAUGGAAGGUGGCGGCUUCGUGUCCCGGCGCACAUCGCCGGACACGCCAUGUGUCGACAACCAGGUUGCAGGAGCGGAAACCGGGACCGGCGUUCGAUGGUUCGGCGGCAGACUACUGAGCGCCACGGGAGGAUUCGUCGGUGGUUUACCCUCGAGGGCGUCAGGUGAGCAGGACCUUUCUCCGGUGUUGUACCGAGCCACCGCGGAGUGCUCGACCGAGGCAGACGUGGACUACGAGGGGCUACCCCAGGGAACCACCACCGGUACCCACAUGCUGGCCGGAGCCGUGGCUGGAAUCAUGGAGCACUGCCUUAUGUACCCCAUCGAUUGUGUGAAGACUCGCAUGCAGUGCUUGCGGCCCGAGCCGAAGGCGCGCUACCGCAACGUGGUGGACGCCCUGCGACAGAUCGUGCGCACGGAGGGCCUGUGGCGACCAAUCCGCGGCAUCAACGUGCUGGCGAUGGGCGCCGGUCCCGCCCACGCGCUCUACUUCUCCUCCUACGAGCGCAUCAAGUUCACGCUGAGCAACGCCAUCCACCCCGGCGCCAACAGCCACUUUGCCAACGGGGUUGCCGGCUGCAUGGCCACCGUCAUCCACGACGCCAUAAUGAACCCAGCUGAAGUGGUGAAGCAGCGCAUCCAGAUGUUCGGCUCGCCAUACUGCGGCGUGCUCAACUGCGUGGGCACCACGCUACGGCGGGAGGGUCCGGCGGCCUUCUACCGCAGCUACACCACGCAGCUGACCAUGAACGCGCCCUUCCAGGCGCUCCACUUUAUGACCUACGAGUACCUGCAGGAGGUGCUCAACCCGCACAGACACUACCAUCCCGCCUCGCACAUGCUGUCGGGGGCGCUGGCGGGCGCGUUGGCCGGCGCCGCCACCACGCCGCUCGACGUCUGCAAGACGCUGCUCAACACGCAGGAGGCGGCGGUCGCGCACGUCCUCCAGGCGGACGCGGGCGGCGCGCCGGCUGUGCGUCACAUCUCCGGGCUGGGCGAGGCCUUUCGGACGGUUUACCGCGCGGGCGGCGCAGCGGCCUUCUUCAAAGGUGUGCAGGCCCGCGUCAUUUACCAGAUGCCCUCCACUGCCAUCAGUUGGUCCGUCUACGAGUUCUUCAAGUACGUCAUCACCAAGCGACAGCACGAGAGGCGCCUACGGGGCGACGUCGCCAAGUGAGCCGGUCGCCAGCGCAAGAAGAAUGUUUGGAUGAAAAGGGCCUCCUUCUGUUGAAAGAGUUGGCCAGCAGAUGGCGACAAAGAUCGUGUCGUGGCGACAACGAAUCAUGUGGCACUCAUGAGCUGUGAAGUGCGAGCUGUCAGCAAAAUAAUUUAUUCUUAAUCGAUUUUACUGAAAUUUUCCAAUAGUAAUCUACUAAAGAUGCGGUCUUGCUACAUUUUUUUUAAAAAGCGACAGCAAACGUGCUACUGUUGGCUUGAAUUUCAAUGUAUUUGAUUAAUAUCACUAUUGAAUGCCAUCAACAAUAUUAAGUCAAAACACAAGCAUCCAGGAUUUUUAUUUCUCCCUUCACAAAUUAGCAUUCCCUAUCGCCUGUUUUGCAUUUCAUUCAAUCUUCCGUGUCAUCGUUUAUCAAAAUGUAACCCCUCAAAUUGAGACGUAAUGCAUUCUGCCCGCGAUUGGUCGGCUUUGUGUUGAGUUUGGGAAAUUGCUCCUUGAGACUUUCUGUUCAGUUCUGUUAUGUUAUGUGAGACAUGUUGCUAAAUGAAAGUGGCUACGGGAUCCUUUUUAGUUUUUUCAUGAAAAUUCUUGACAAAUUCUAGACUUUGACACUACUUUCCUCCUGCAUUCGCAAAAACGCUUUGUAAAUUCAGGUGUCCUUGAGACGUUAUUACUUUGACCUUCUAAAUUAAAGUAGCUCAUGUUUUAUUGACAUCUCUUGCUAACUGCCAAAUUGGACUCCAGGUGUCAGGCUUGCCUUCAGCCAGCCGCUUCAAAUCCAAACGCACAAUGUAAAUAAACUGCUCCUCGUGGAAGCCAUACAAGCAGUCUUUAUAUUGUAUUAAAUUAUGUUUGUAUGUAUUUGUGUGUGAAUAUACUCAUACAUACUUACAUACAUGUAUUAGCAUCAAGCUAACUUGCCAUUUCCUGGGGCUGCGCUCCAGGAAGAUUUUGCUCUACUUAGAUAAUUCUACUGUGUGGAAGGAAAACAAAAUCAAAUUCAGAUCUAUUUUUGUUUGCUUGUUAAUAAAGUGGCAAAAGGCAGCCCCUCGCAGAAGCAGGGUCUUCUCUUGGUGGUGCACCGAAACAAACCAA